UUACUCCACCUCCCCAUCAACCAAGACAUCAGCAACGCAGAGAGGGUCAAUGAAAUCUGCAAAAGGAUCACUCACAUCCUCAACGGCAACGACAAGUUUAACCUCCUCAAUUUCUCCACCGCCGAUGAUGGCCCUGACCAAGACGCUCCGCAGCCAACGCCAUCAAAAAAAGAUAAUGUGGUGGGUUUGGAAGAUGAGGCUAACAAAAUAGUUGGCUAUCUCAAAGAAAACACUUCACAUUUGGAUGUGAUCUCCAUCAUUGGCAUGCUUGGCCUCGGCAAGACAACACUGGCCGGAAAUAUAUUUCACGAUCCCGACAUCAAGUUCGAAUUCACAGAGAAGGAGGUGUUUCUUUCCAGUUUGAGACAGAUGAAGACCCAAUUCAACAAGGAUGAGUACACGAAAAAGAGAUGUUCAUACCUCGCGAAAGAAACAUCAGCUCUUCUGGGCGAUGUUGGAAAAUUCUUGCUAGUCAUGGAUGAUGUGUGGGAGACUACAGACUGGGAUAAGAUCAAAGAAUGUCUGCCUGAGGAUAACACAGUAGGUAAAGUCAUGAUCACCAGUCGCCAGAUGGAUGUGGGGAAGCAUGUCAACCGCUUCAGAGAGCCUCACCCUUUGCGUAAGUAGGAUUUGGAUGAGAGUUGCGAGCUACUCCAAUGGGAGGUUUUCAAAAAGCCAGAGUUCCCAUCUGAUUUGGAACGUGUCGGGAGAGAGAUUGCUGCAAGGUGCGACGGCCUGCCCCUGGCUAUCGUGGUGAUAGAAGGCGUUCUUGCCACCAAGUUGUCAAAAUCUGAGACUCAAUGGGAGAAAGUUUCUACAAGUGUGAGUACGUUCCUUGGUUAUGAUUCGCAGAAACGCAUGGAGAAGAUCAUAUAUAUGAUUGAGUUAUUAGAAGUUGCCUUACCACUUGAAGGAAUGUUUCCUAUAUAUGGGUAUGUUUCCGGAAGAUUUUGAGAUCCCAUCCCCUCUUGGAAAUUGAUCCGAAUGUGGAUUGCAGAAGGUCUAAUACAGCCCAAGGACGGCAUCACCGUGGAGGAGGUUGCUGGCUACAAUCUUGAUGAUCUGAUCAAUCGAAAUCUGGUUAUGGCUGCAAAAAUUUAAGGCCGAUGGGAGAGUCAAGUCCUGCAGGAUUCAUGACAUGUUACGUGACUUCUGCAAAGUUGAAGGCUGGAAAGACUGUGAUACCAAGAAAUUAAGUGGUCCAGUGAUGAAGGGCUUCAGCCCUCAUUCACUGAAGCACAGAAGCAUCGACGCCUCUGCAUCCACUCGCAUGUCAUGGACUUCUUCGGUAAAGGUCCAGAAGGCCCUUAUGUCCGCUCGUCGUCACAUUCUCCGAAGAUAUAGAUGUGCCCUUAGACAAAAUCGCGGCCAUUUGUUCGUCUUUCAAGCUCUUGAGGGUUUUAGAAGCAAAGCCCCUCAAAUUCUCUAGAUUACCAAAGUCUUUCCACGAGCUGUUUCAUCUGAGGUACCUUGCACUAUCCAUGAAGCCGGAGUCGAACUCAACGCCUUCCGUUCUCCCCUCCACCUUCAAAAAGCUUUGGAACAUACAGACUCUUAUAGUCGACACAACUUCACGUUUCCUCGACAUCAGAGCAGAUGUCAUGAGUAUGACUCAGCUAAGGUAUCUGAAGAUGAACGCGUGCACAACUCUUGUAAAGCCAGGUAAAGAAAGCAAAGAAGGCUAGAAGCUUCAGAGCCUCAGCACAGUGUCACCAGAGAGCUGCACGGAGGCACUCUUCGACAGGGCUCGCAAUCUAAAAAAGCUCGGGAUGCGUGGCAAACUAUCCUCAUUCCUCAAUAGCAAGACCGGAACAUUUGAUUGUUUAACGAAACUGAGCUAUCUCGAGAAGCUGAAGCUGCUCAACGAUGUAUAUCCGAAGCCGCCUUCGCUUGGGAAGCUAGACAGCCUCCCUCCGGCCUACAAAUUCCCUGUGAAUCUAAGAAGCCUGACGUUACAAAACACGUUUCUGGAGUGGACACACAUGUCUACUUUAGGAUCACUGCAGAAAUUGAAGGUGCUGAAGCUCAAGGACAAUGCGUUUGUAGGGACGAGUUGGGAGGUGAUGGAGAGAGGCUUCAACGCGCUUGAGGUUCUGCAUAUUAGGAGGAUUGAUUUGUUGACCUGGACUGCGUCGGCGCAGCAUUUCCCGAGCCUUAAACAGCUUCAACUGCGCAACUGUGACAAGCUUAAGGAAGUUCCCAUAGGGCUGAAUGAUAAUCCGAAUCUGGAAUAUUUGGAUUUGCAGUUCUGUAAGGCGGCAGCUGCCUCUGCAAAGAAGCUUGCUGCGGCCAAGAAGGCUGGAGCCACCACCUUCACGCUCUCCAUUUACCCACCAAAUGCAUGAAUCUAUUAUCUGUGGUAAGUAAUAGUACUUCAUCUGUAUGUUAUUUAUAGUCUCAUUUUGAUUCGGCACAGAUUUGAAGAAAUUGUUUGAAUUUGUAGAGAAAAAAAUGAGAAAAUGAGUUAGUGAAAUGUGGAGUCCACUUUUAUAGCACGUGAAUUAAUACAUAAUUAGUAAAAAAAGAGGAAAACGAGAAGAGUAGUUAAAGUAAUGUUAGUGGAUAAUGUGACUCACAUUAUUAUUAGUGUUUAAUGAGUUGUAAUGGUGGACUAUAGUGGUAUAAGUUGUAAAUAAAUUGACGUAUUCAUAAAUGGAAAUGUCAUAUUUUUAUUGGAUGGACGAAAAGGAAAAGUGCAUAUAUUUUUAUGGACAUAAAGAGUAUUGGUUUCAUAAUAGAAUGUGAGUGUACUGAUUUAAUUGAAUGGUGGGUCUACUUACCUAAAAUGGAAUAGACCAAAUGAGACUUAAAAUUACGGAAAAUAGCAAAAUGGGACUAUAAAUCACGAUUUCAACUCAAAUAGAACAAGAAAUGUAAUAUAAUCUAUAACACCAAAAUAGAAUAAUUGUUGCUACAUUUAAUUACUAAAAUGUUUAAUU